CUCCUAGCCGGCUCAGCCUCACCGUUUACAAGCCCACUGCGACGGGGGCCUUUCAGCCGAGCUGAUCCCAUCAGAGCCUUAGGCAUCCCCCAGCCUGCAAUUUUUUGUGCAAUACAAUCACGCGCUCUCGCUCUCCGGGCUCAAUCCAUCUACUGCUUUUGACGACCUGCUAUCUAUCUGCUUUUUAGGUGUAGGAAUAAUUCUUCGCCAAAGGAUAGAAACCGCUGGUCCUAUCAUGGAUGGCCUCAGCAUAGCGGCGAGCAUCAUCGCCGUGGUAGAUCUGUCAACCAAGACUGCUCUGUUAUGCUCACAAUACUACAGAGACGUCAAGGAUGCCCGAGACGACAUUUCCCGACUUAAAAGAGAAGCUAGCCAGCUGGAAAGCACAUUCGAGAACGUGCGAAGUCUACUCGACAGUCCCGAUGGGGCAAGGCUUAAGGCUUCUCAACCAUUACGCACUGCCGUCGAGGAGAGUCUAGCACGCCUUCAAGUCCUGGAAAAGGAACUGAGGCCAAGCAAAGGCCGCCGGGCCGUGCGUGUGUUUAGCUUACGCGCUUUGACAUGGCCAUUCAAAAGCAAAGAUGUCGACAAGAUUGUUCAAGAUCUCCGGCGUUGCACAGAAACAGUUUCCCUGGCCUUGCAAGUUGAUCAGACAACCGUCAUACUCAAUCUUGUCCAAAAAACAGUUCUUAGCCGGCUUCCCAUUGCCGAUGGCGCAGCAUUCGACUCCCACGCCGAAGAACAUAACCCGACCUGUUAUCCAGGGACCCGGGUCGACCUUUUACGUGAAAUAUCGCAAUGGGCAGGGGAUACCGAAGGCAAACCCAUCUUCUGGCUAAAUGGCAUGGCCGGUACGGGAAAAUCCACCAUCUCACGUACCGUCGCUCAAUCGUUCUCAAAACGUCGCCAGCUCGGCGCCAGCUUCUUCUUCAAGAGGGGCGAGGGCGACCGAGAAGGUGCAUCUAGACUUUUCACCACGAUCGCCGCGCAGCUUGUUCGGAGAGAACCUGAAUUUGCGUCACACGUCCAAGCAGCCAUCGACGCCGACCCUAGAAUCUUCGAAAAGAAGUUGCGCAAUCAGUUUGAGGAGCUCAUCUGGAAACCCUGGACCCGAAUUACGCGACACACCCAUCCCGCCUCUACGGUAUCUAUUGUCAUUGACGCACUAGAUGAGUGCGGGCGAGGGGAAGAUAUUGAGACGAUCAUCCAAAUAUUGUCUGAAACUCGUUCUUCACAGCGACCGCUACGAAUUUUUGUAACCAGCAGGCCUGAGUUGCCGAUCCGUCUCGGGUUCACCAACAUCGAGGGCGCAUACCGAAAUUUAAUUCUUCAUGAGGUACCUAAGCAGGCGAUCGAGAAUGACCUCUUCGCCUUUCUCGUGCACGAACUCGGAAACACACGCGACAACUACAACAAAUCUGUGCAAAUGGCUCAACGACUCCCACAGACUUGGCCUGAACAGCGGGUGGUCCAGGAGCUCGUCGAGAUGGCCGCUCCCCUCUUUAUCUUUGCGGCCACGGUAUGCCGUUUCAUCAAGGACCCAGCUUGGCAUAACCCAGAGGGACAGCUCAAGAAAGUGCUGGAUUACAAAACGAAGACACCUGACUCGGGGCUUGAUAAGCUCGCUGCUACAUAUAGUCCAAUCCUCGACCAGCUACUGUUCGAAAAGCCUAAGCGUGAAGCGGAGAGCCUGAUCAACGAGUUUCGUGAAGUUGUUGGUCCCAUCGUCCUUCUUGCUCGACCUCUAUCCGUACUCUCACUCGCGAAGCUACUAUCCAUCGACCCCAGAGUCAUAACCGGUAGACUGGACUCGUUGCAUUCCGUAUUAAACAUCCCGCCCGACAUAGUUCUACCUGUUAGACCUUUCCAUAAGUCCUUUCACGACUACUUAGUGAAUGUUGAGAGGCGAGAUAGCAACCCGUUUUGGGUAGACGAGAAAGCAACGCAUGAGAAACUGGCAAUAAACUGUCUACGCAUUAUGGACGAAACCCUCCGGACGGACAUAUGCGGAAUAAAAUGGCCGGGGGCCCCUCUAUCCUCUGUUGACCCCCAGAUCAUACGCGACAAGCUGCAACCGGAAGUCCAAUAUGCAUGUCUGUACUGGGUUGACCAUAUUAAGGAGUCGGGAAGGUGGUUUGAUGUCGGUGACGCAGUCUACGGUUUCCUCCAGCGGCACUUCCUGCACUGGCUAGAGGCCUUGAGUCUUAUGGGGGAGACUGACCGCAGUUAUUCCAUGCUCGAUUGGUUACAACUUAACGCGAAUGCCCGUCGCACGAAAUUGGCAUGCUUCGUUGAGAAUGCCGAUUCCUUCCUUACGAAAUUUGGGCCCUACAUAGAGGCGGGUCCGCUCUACAUAUACUCGGCACUAGUCUUCGAUCGGGAGGAAAGUGUUGUGCGUAAUACAUUCAAGAAUUGUAUUCCCGACUGGUUAUGUGUCGCCGCAAGGAUUUUCGGACCCACACUACCAUUUUCCGCCUCGCCCGGCUCCGUGGCACUUUCGCCCGACUCGAAGCUCGCAAUGUUGGGAUUAUGGGAAGGGACGGUACAGGUUUGGUCAACGGAUACGGGUGAAUUACAACAUACACUCCAAGGCCAUAAAAGCUCCCCCCGCUUAAUAUCGUUCUCAUCCGACUCGAAACUUAUAGCAUCAGGGUCAAAGGAUAAAACAGUGCGGCUCUGGUCGGCUGAAACGGGCGCGCCGCUGCUAAUUUGCUGUCUCGAUAAUUACGCCCGCACGUUGUCCUUUGCCUGUGACGGCCAAACUAUACUCACUGAGACUGGUACUAUAUCUACCGAUGGUAUACUAUCGUCAACGGGGCCUUUGUCUGCUACACUUGACAGAUAUUCCUUACUGUCUCUCAGUCAAGCCGCGUCUGGUCAUGAUCGAAACCAUGACCUCAGCAAUCAUUUUCAUGGGGUCGACCACUGGGUAUAUUUUAACGGAAAUCCCUUGAUGCGGGGAACGAUAUUUCGUCGGGACCAAAAUUUUGCUGUAUCUGGCUCUGUGGCGGUAAUUUCACACUGGGACGAAAUAUUUAUUGUGAAGUUUUCCACGGAAAAGCUCCUGGGGCUUUUACCGGCCCUGGGAAGCUAACGGGGGGAGUAUGUUGAUAUGACCCUGGCCCAUCUGAGCUUGCGGGACAUACCUAGUAGAUG